AUGGGAAGGCGGAUGCGGCAUGCCGCAACGGCGUUGGAGAAAGGCGCUAACGCUCACGCCGUAGUGGACACUGCAUCAACAGGUGGGAGAAAUGGACACGUAUUCGCUGAUCACAUAACCAGCCCACCGGGUCGAUCGUUCCGUGUGGAUUCUGCUCCUCCACCGGCAGAUGUGACGCGCAACUGCUUCACAUACUGCGGGCCUGACGCUGGGUCUGACCCUCAGAAGCGUUUACAUCAGCAGUUCAAAGCACUCCCGAAGGAGGAACGACAACGGAUUGCGGCCCAGUCUGCUGAAGAAACAGAUGCCAUUGCCCGCACUGUACAUCUCCGCUUUCUUCCCACGGGCAUGCUUCAGAGCGAACUGGCCGCAUUGUGCGCACAGUGCGGAGAAUAUCUGAGAGUGCGCAUCUGUGGAAACUCCACCAAUACCCAAAAUUGGAUAUACGGUUUCGUUGAGUUCGCCGACCGCAGCGGUGCCGCGGCGAUGAUGCGCCAAAGCGGGUUGGAGCUACCCAAUGGGCCAGGAAAACCUCCACUGAGACUGAAGUGCAAUGCAGCAAAGCAGCCCAUAGUGGAUCGCGUUUUUCAUGAUGCCAGCCCUGAGGGAAAUGUAACUUGCAUAUUUGGAUCAGGAAACUUUGCAAACCGCACCCUUAAGGAGGCGGUUGACAGUUAUUACAACCUCAAACGUAAGGAAGGGAAUAUGGGUGCCGCGCAAGCCCGUAUGAACAAUUCUUCACACAGUAACAACGGCAACGGCAGCAGCGGAUGGUCUAGCAAGCAUAACAACAAUGAUAAUCACCAUAACCACAAUCAUGACCAUCAUCAUAAGAAUCAUCACAACAACAACAACGGUGGCGAUGGCAAAGACCAGCGGGCGUCUUUGCCUCCUAUUAUUACUGAGACACACAACUGGGUAGAGUAUACUGCCCCAACGUCCUCAUUAAUAGAUCAGGGCUCGCCAUGCAACUCUGUUCUCGGGGCGGAGUCUCCGCCUAUUGCAUCGCAGCAGCAGCCAUCGCCUGGCUGUGUGGACGUUCCUCCCGUAAAUGAUGCAAAGUGGCCCUCCUCGGGGAGUUAUUUAUUCGAUAGCCCCGUGUAUUUUCUUCCUUGCCCUUCACCUGUUAGCAACUUCGGUCAUGGCGCGUACGACGUGGAAUUCGCCGGUUGCAAGGGGAAGUUUUCGUCAUUGUUAGGUUUUGCACCAAAACACAAUGAGUUUGGACCCACACCGCAGCUGCCGCAGUAUGCAAACUUACAGCAACUGGUGGACCGUGCGCGCACGCUGGUCCUCACAGCUAUGGGUUACGCGCAAGUGUUUGUAGUCACAAGGGAAAGGUCCCACGAUGCGGUCGGUGCACUACGGCGACUCUAUGAACUCACUGCACCUUGUGUUACACCUCAAGCAUUAAAUGACUUUCGCAAGGCAAGCUCCACCGCCUCUGACGAAGGGAUGGAAAUGCUCCAGCAGCGUCUGUUGCAGCUCCGUCUUUUGGCGUGUUUAUUGCUUUCACUACUUUACAGCAUCAAAGGGGAUUGUGAGGAGAUGCUUCAGGCCGUACGUAACGCAGUGGCGUGUUGCAAUGUCAUCCCAACGGUCCCCCUCUGCAGAAAAGGGGCGUCUGUAGACGCUAAGAGGGUAGAGACACCCGCCGCCCCAGGGGAUUGGUUUAACGUCGUCGGCAGCCGUGAGGGUGGUCCCAGUAAUAGCGAUAACGGCAACGAAAAUGAAAAUGACGAAGAAGAAACCAAGUCAGUCGUUGGCUUCGGGCAGGCACCAAAAGAGGAUACUGUUCCCGUCUUUAACCCAUUGGCGCAUGUGUUGGAUCUCUUUGGAGAUGUUAGCAUUGGUCCUGAAGCUGGUGCCGAAGGGCGUCCACCCGCCUCCGCCAUUGGUUCCGCGACGGGUGUUGAAACCGCCUACCACCGCUGCAUGCGUUUCCAUUCGUAUGUGCUGAAUGUUUUCCUGACGAUUGGUUUUGCUAUGGAAGAUACACAACCGGUUGUGGCACGUUGUGUCUACGUCUUGGUGCAUAGGCGUGCAAAGGAGCUGUUUGGUGAGGCACCACCGGAGCUGGAGCGAGCAUUGCAGGAAGGUGGCAUACAUCACUUGCGGCCCGUGUUCCUUCCGGAGUUGAGGCAUGACACAUUUGUGGAAACCUUUUUCACCAACUUUGAUGUAAACUCAGCCGGAGCCGCUGGUGAAGGGAUGUGGUUUUAUUUGCCUCCCGAGCAUAUGGUGCGCACGUUUGGCGUGGAUCGCUAA